UCGAUGCUGCACGCUGCCCAGCGCGGGAGAGCUGGUGGAAGUUGUUGUUGUUAUAGUUUGCGGACGGUAACAAGGAACGGUGAGAUCCGGGUUAGUGCCCGGGGGAUCCCGGUUUGGUCAUGAGACACUGAGCUGCGGAAAAUGCUGCUCCCGUCCGAUGUGGCCCGGCUGGUGCUGGGCUAUCUGCAGCAAGAGAAGCUUACAUCUACCUGCCAGUCGUUCAUCACAGAGAGCCCGGAUCUAAAGGAAUAUGCAGAACAUUUCUCGGAGGAGGGGUUGGUCCCUGGCUGUGUUCUGUCACUCUUUGGCAAAAACCUGACGACCAUCCUAAAUGAGUAUGUUGCUAUAAAAGCAAGAGAAAAUAAAGAUGCUGUUCCGCUCAUGAUGUCUUCCCUGUGGAAGAAGCUUGACCACACGCUCUCUCAGAUCAGGAGCAUGCAGGAAUCUGUAGCCUUUCAAACUCAUCAAAGAAGUCGCACUAGGAAUGGGAUUGAGGAAAUUAGGCGUCAGAGAAUGUUAUUGUCACCUUCAACUCCCGCUUUGCCACGGCAGCAGACUUCUACCCCUAUAGCAGCGACACAAGUCGUCCUGCGACCUGCUUCCGGUCAAAAUGCCUCACAAGCCAGUCCGUCGUUUGGUGGCCAGUCCACAAUUCAAGGCCGGAACUCCCCUCUUGUUGUAAGCAAUGCUGACACGUUACAAAUUAUUUCUGUGGCGCCGUUUGAUCGAAAACAAUCUUCUGCAGUGUCUUCUCCAUUGAGGAGGAAAAACGAGACCCGGAAGAGACGUGGGGCCGUACCAAGCUCCAGCACAGCCGUCAUGGAAGGAGAUACUGGAGAAGACAGUGACGCCGUCCAAGAAUUAAUUAACGAUAAUUUCCCUCAACUGGUCAUCGAAAAUGCAAGGGAGAAGAUUUUAAGCAGUAAGUCUCUACAGGAGAAGUUGGCCGAGAACAUUAACAAAUUCCUUGGAAGCGACUCUGCUGCUCAUAAUCCCAAGGCACCUGAAGGCAGCGCUGCAGAGCCAGAUGCUUCUAUCGAUGAAAUCCUUGGACUUCAGGGAGGAGAGAUACACAUGUCAGAGGAAGCUAUUCAUGACAUCCUGGUGCAAACAGAGCUGGAUCCAGAUUUCCAAGAGCUCUAUGACUUGUUUGCAUGCGUAUCCAAGAGUAUCAAAAAUGCACCUCGUGACUCUUCUGCACAAAAUGAAGGAACCAGGAGCGGUAAUUCAGCUGUAGAGGACAGUAAUCUCGAUACUGUGGAAAGCUCCUUCGAUACGGAUGAUGGUUCUACAUCACAUACCAGUAAUCCAGAUGAUGCCCAUUCAAAGCAGGAGAUCUCAGGGAAAGAAUCCUCAAGCAAAAUGAUUACUGACCAUGUAACAUCCUCUUCCGCAAAUGACCGGCAGGAAUGUGGGAAUGGCCGAUUUACCUCGUCUGAGUCAAGUCAGAUAGUGAGGCAGUCAAGCAUCAAUUCUGUUGCUAGCCUUGGAAGUGCAGAAAGCGAUACGUUAAAAACAACAAAUCAAGAAUCACAGGAACACGUGACCGUUACGGAUAUCCCAGACUCAUCGGAUGUUGAAAUGAAGAACGUAUCGCAAACAGAAGAAACAGAUGCCGCUACCUGCCCAUCGGCGAAGGAGAAUUUGCCGUCCAACACUGGGGCUGAAGAUUGUCAAGAUCAAAUACAGGAGCAUUUAGUCCAUGGUAAAGAAGCUCAAGAAACUAAUAAUCUACCCAUAGCAACACAUGUGGAUAGCCAGGAGGAGAAAAAUCACAAUAACAUAGCUACAGAACCAUCUACAACUAUAUCUCCAAAAGCUAGUUUGUUGAUCCCUGCUAAAACCACAGAAAAUAAAAGCCCUCACCAAGAGGAGGACAAGGAAAAGACCAUAACACUCUUCUUUGUGGAGGAACCCAGUGCUGUUGCCACUGACAAACCGGUGCACUUAGACCGCUCUAGCACGUUGAUCUCAGAGGAACCAACGGGACAACAGAAAUCGGGAAGCACGGAUGACGCACAACAGCAAAAUCUGGUGCCUGUUACCCAGUUAGCGGCUCCGGCUGCGCAGCUUCCCACUUCAAUGCCUUCAUCUGGGAGCCUUCCCCUGAGCUCUCCUGUCACGGCUGUAGAGUUGGCACCCAACAGCAGCAGUCAAACCGCUACAGAUCCAGCGCAUGUCGUUACCCUGAACGUCAUAGCGGAGGAUCUAACCAGGGAUGCAGAAUUACACAAUGCCAUUUCAACUAUCACUGGUGAGAACUUUCCAGCUAUUGUAAUGUCCCCGAUAACCAAUCCUACAGCUAGAAGCAGUAUAGGGUACACGCAGGAAAGCUCAGUUGAAGCAACCGCGGGCCUUUCUGUGUCCGUUGACCCAAUUCCUGCUGCAAGUCAGUUUAGGUAUCCGUCUAUUAAUGCAGGGAACAUCCAAGCUGAAGAAUGCUCCGUUUUCUCAGUUGCCGGAUCUUCUAACCCAUCCAGCAGCGGUGGACUCGUACAGAUAAUGCCAGUCAGCAGCUCUUCUGUCGGACAUCCCAAUAAUAGCGUGUUUAUUAGUACUUGUGCAAUGCAAACCAAUACGACAAAAUUGUCCAACGUAAUGUUGUUGCCUAGUACCUCUGCUGCUGCGAUCCAGACGCCUCCCAGGCAAAACAGCGUGUACACUAUGGGACAGAACAUCUCUCCCAAACUUCCACAAGGCUCUACAAUCAUCCUUGCCUCUCAAGUCCACCCUGUGUUGCAGGGGGUCGUCGGCAUGUUUCCCGUUUCGGUUGUUGGACAAAGGGGGAAUAGCUUUGCUGCAUCGCCUCAUCAGGUCUUGCAUGUCCCUAUUUCUGGGGGCAUAGUCCCCAAGCUGCCUUUACCACCAAACUCCCAGAAACCUAAAGCAAAGAGAAGCGCAGGCAAACCUGUAACUGCAGCUGAUUCUACAAAUUGUAUUCCAAGCUCUCAACAGAGAGUGGACAACCCAGAAAGAAAAAUGACUACUGAAAUACAGAACCAGUCUGAGGAAAGCUUGCCAGUGGAUCCCACCAGUAAAGUAGCGGAAAGCCAUAGACGGGUCCUGCGCUUUGAUACUUCAAGAAAGACUCUUAAACCCGAUUCUCCAUCGACAAGCAAAUCUUCACCAAAUAAAGACAAGAGCGACGUUACCUAUGUAGGCUCGUCAGCAGGAGUUAGUGCUUCACCUAAAGUAACGCUGUCAAAAGACGACAAAACAUCAGAAAAGAAUGUACCUGCGACAGAGACCGCCGGCAAGAUGGAUACAGUUGUUGCUGCUCAGGUUUUGGCUUCAGCAUCUUCAAAAGGUCAAACUGCAGAAAAAAGAGCUGGAGCUGGAACAACGUCUGAUGUUCCACCUGAGGUUGCAGCCAACAAAGAAAACCUUUUGCAGGUGGAUUCCGAAAAACAAGAGCUCAAGGUUGCCUCUACCAACGAAUAUUCCGAAACAAACAUGCAGCCAGGGCAAGAUGCAUCCAAAAAGAAGGUGUGUGUGCCAAAUAUUCUGAGGCGGACACCACAAAAGCUACUACCAGAAAGAGGUACUUUAACAAGUAGUUUAACCAAGCAAGCCAGCGACCUAUUACAUGAAAUGCAGUUCCACAGUCCAUCCGCAAAGCAGUCCUGUGGAGGGGAGUUGCCUAUACCACGUACUCCUGGAUCUGGGAUGGAUGAAAGAUCAUUAGAUGACCACUCGGUUAACAUUAAGACUCCAACCUGCAAACGUUCUGGUGAGGAUGGAGGCACGCCAAAGCCAAUGCUGCCUCCUGCAACUCCUGAUUUACCUACGUGCAGCCCUGCCAGUGAAGCUGGUAGUGAGAAUAGUGUCAGCAUGGCAGCCCACACACUGAUGAUAUUAUCACGUGCCAAUAUGGCCAAGAGUAGUGGGAACACUCCACUGAAGGACAAUACACAGCAAUGCAAAUCAUCCAAAAACUCCUCAAAAAAGAGAAAGCUUGAUGACCCUGCUGAACAUGAUAGACAUUCACCCAUAAAAGAGAUUCACAGCACCACAUCCACAGUGAAAAAGAAAAAAGUGAAGAAACACAGGAAGAAGUUAUUUGAUACUUUCCCUGCUGGAAUGGAUGUGGACAAAUUUUUAAUGUCUCUUCACUAUGAUGAGUAGAGCGAAGCCAUAAAAAUGAAGAAACGGGCAGUGUGGUGCAUGUUCUGUACAGAAAAAGUUCAUGCUGUGGGGUAUUUGUACAGAAGGCUCCCAAUGGUUUGUAAGAUAUGUUUGGGCACUUAUUAUUGUUAUUAUGUUGCUGAACUAGAUUCAGAGAUGAGUUGUAAAUAUUGGAUCUUUCUGGAUGUGAAGUACAUAAGAUGCUGUUGUGUAUAUAACCUUGUUGAAGGAGUUUGGAUAGCCCAGCAGUUAUGUUUUGGUAAGAUCUUUUUAUAUUAAAAGAAACAUUCUACAUAUUUAUCAUUAUGUUGGAUUUAUUUGAUUUAAUACAGAAUAAAUAUUUGUGCCUCUUGUUUAGGCGUGUUAACCCCUUAAUAA